AAAUUGCCUUCCAUAUUCAAAUACUUCAGAGAUUCUAAAGGAUCCAUUGCAAGAACUCAUUCUGACAUUGAAGCAGGAACAGAUCGCCCUGAAGGAUCUUGUUACUAGAGAUCUGUCCACAUUGCCAGCUGUAGCUGUUGCUCCUCCGUAUUUGUAUGUAGCAAAUCCUCCUUAUACAUAUACCCAUGAAAUGAAAGUCUUGGAGUUUAAUCUGAAAGAACAGAUACUUCCCUACUUCCAUUCAGUGGAGCAGAUAGCAAGGCCUCGUUUUCUACAGUUUCCAGAUCCCCGACUGGUGCAGAGUGAUUCAGGCAAGAUGGAGGCUCUGGCUGUCUUGCUUCGGAAGCUGAAAGCAAGAGGACAUCGUGUGUUGAUUUUGACGCAGAUGAUUCCAAUGCUUGAUAUACUGGUGCUUUUCUUGGACUUCCAUUUUCUCCGGUACAUAAGAGUUAGUGAGAGUGACGCUCACGGUUGGCAUUAUCUGGAAUCCAUAAAAAACUUCAACCGAGACAAGCGAUUCUUCUGUGCUAUUCUUUUUUCCCACACUCCUUCUACAGGUAUCAGCCAUGUAGAUGUGGAUUCUGUUGUCUUCUAUGACACUGAUUUAGAUCCGCUGAUGGAUACAAAGGCUAAAGAACGGUGUGAUAAAAUUGCAAGAGGCAGAGAUAUUCACAUAUACAGGCUUGUAAGUGGUAAUUCUGUUGAAGAGAGGCUGUUGAAAAAGGGUAUUAAACAUUUGAUUCAAGAAGUGGCUGCUCAGGGAGAUGAUUGUUCAACAGACUUUUUAACUCAGGGUCUUUGCUCUGAAUAUGGAAAAGAGGAUUCCAGAAAGUUUACAGAAGAGACACGAUCUGAGAUAAGAAAUGACAUAGAUUCAGAGAUGCGUGAUCUAGGAAAUACUACGCUUCCUUCACAGUUGAAACAGCUGGCUAGAUUUGUGGAUCAGCUUAAGCCCAUUGAAAAGUAUGCAUUGAAUUUCUUGGAAUUGUUUCAUACUUUGAAUGAUCAAAACAGCCAGAAAGUCAACAAGGAGUUAAAAACUGCAAAUACAAAAUGGGAAUAUCAACAUGCCAAGGAGCUGAAAAAGGCAGAAGAAAGAUUUCAGGAGGAAGUGAAAGAGGAACUCUUAACCUAUACCAGAGAAGAUGCUUAUAACGUGGAAUUUGUCUGUGAAGGCCCAGAUGGAGAAAUAGAAGUAAUGCCUCUUUGGACUCCCCCUGUUGCACCUGAGAAUCAUGAUGAUGUCUACACUAAUUCUGUUAUGUGUCUGAUGUACAGUAGUACCCCCAUUCCAGAGUCUAAGCUUCCACCUCUCUUUGUCAGGAAGGGGCGUAAGCGGCAGAGAACAGAUCUGUUCUCUUCAGGUGAGAGAAAGAAGCAUUGCCAUAGAAAGAUGGUUGUUCCUCCACCUUCACUUUUCAAGCAAGUGACUCCAAGAAUAUUGAAAACACAACAGAAGAGCAAAGCUGAGCAGACCCCGCUCUGGGUGAAACAGAAAAUGUCUUUUGCAAGACCUUUGCCAGCUCUUACCAAGUCAGCUGCUGACACUGGACAGGAUAGUCCUGCAUGGCUAAUUGCUGAAGACUUGGCACUGUUAAAAGCAAUGAAGCAGUUACAGAGACGUCCUUUAAACUUUGCUAUUGUGUCGCCAGCACAGACAGCAAACUGGGACUUUGUCAGCGAUGUGGUUAAUUCUUGUAACUAUGUUUAUCGCUCCCCAAAGCAAUGCGAAAAUCGCUACAUAAAAGCAUUUGCAGGUCCAGAAGGAGAGAACAUAGGUGGUUAUCCCCUUCGUGUCAGACAAGCCUAUGCUAAAGACCAGAAUUCUGAGCAUACUCAAAUCUUUAUGAAUCACUUUGAGUUGGUGACUGCUAGAAGAAGUAGUUCCUCAAAUACAUUUCUUGCAGACAACUAUGACAAGCUCCUGCCUGAGCCCAAAGUUGUUUCCAUCUACGCAGAGCCUAUGAUGAUGCAGGAAAAGGCAUUGCCUGAAGAACAAAUAGCUCCUCAAAUGCAGGAGCAACAGCCCAGACAGGAGCAAGAAGAGGAACAAAGUGUGGGGCAAAUCCAAAUCCAGUGUCAGCCACAGGGGGAAACACAGAUUUAGUUGCUGAGAGUCCCAGGAGCUCAGUCCUGGUGCCCAGACCACACUGACUUCUUUGGCGGUGAUGGAAUGGCUGCAGAUGUGGCCCUGGUACGCAGCAUCCUCGGUGCCUGGUAUUUAAGCAGCGGAACAUCUGCUUUGUAAAUGAGAAUUGAAUGUUGUUACUGAGCAGGUGGAAGCUGUAUUUUCCUUAUUGCUGAAGCAUUCCUAGGUUUUUUUGAUGGUAUUUUAUUGUAAUCAAGAAUUGCACUAGGUUACGUUUUUUCUCCUUUUGCAUUGUAUGAGGCUUUUAUUGCCCGUGCCCCAGGUGAGCAGUGUACAGUUGUGCUGGAAGUAGGGAAGUGGAUUUUUACACUGUAUCUUGAAGAAAGUUGUCUCCAGAAAUUACUGGAGACAGAGAAGCUGUGGAUGUCCCAGCCCUCUGGAGGUGUUCAAGGCCGGGCUCGAUGGGGCUCUGGGCAGCCUGGUGGGGCGGGAGGUGUCCCUGCCCAGGGCAGGGGCUGGAACUGGAUGGUCUUUAAGGUCCCUGCCCACCCAAACCCUUCUGUGGCACUCUUUGGCCGGCGCACACGCUCCCGGAUCCUCGCUACAAUAAAAGUGGAUAUUCUG